CACCGCCCCGAUGCUUGUUUGUUUUAAGUGUGGAACGAUCCAUCGCGCAGCGCCGGCUCGAUUGACGCUGUCUGCUGAUCUGCUGCUGCGGAUUGCUCAGAAUAACAAGGCUGCUCGCUAAUUCCCGUCUAUCGGGGCUUUUCGGCGAGACACCGAGGAGAGAGAAAAAAAAAGAAAAGAAAAGAGAAAACCCUCAACAGGGCAGGCAAGAAAGCCGCGCCGCCGUUGUCCGCACCCCAGAAUGGCUUCAGGAGACCUUUACGAGGUGGAGCGGAUUGUGGACAAGAGGCGGAACAAGAAGGGUAAGUGGGAGUACCUGAUAAGAUGGAAAGGUUAUGGAAGUAAAGAGGACACAUGGGAACCAGAGCAUCACCUGCUGCACUGUGAGGAAUUCAUUGACCGGUUCAACAGCUCAAGACGGCAUUCACACAAACUACCCAAAGUCCAAAAACAUCACGGGGAGCCCCUCAUUGCUAACCAACCCUCUGUAACAGAAAACUCUAGGGCUCAGCCCGAGGCCCGGAAAAAGAAAAGGACUAGUGGCCCGCCUGUUGGGGUGAGAGUAGGAUCUGUUCUGGGGAUUGGAGGAUCAGCACAAACACAGAAACAGAAGAAAGUAGUUGUUGGAGUUGGGAAACAUGUUUUUGGGGACAGAAUGAACAAAGCUGUGACAUAUAAGGCUCAUUCAGCAAGUGGACCCCACUUUGUUCCCCCAUUGAGGGUUCCUCAAAAUGGACUCCAGAACGGAGAAAAGGAACCUCUUAUUUACAGUGCAGAAGCGAGGUCACACAGACUGCCUUCAGACAGGGUGGAUACAGAACUAGGACAAAAAGACACCACUGGACCACAAUUCACCCCUGAACUAGGUUCCCCUCUARCCAAUGGAAAGAUGCAUCUUCACAGCUCAGUAAAGAGGAAACUGGCUGAGGAGAAGGGCUACGUGUUUGACAAGCGGCUCAGGUACAACGUGCGACAGAACGAGAGCAACUGUCGAUUCAGAGACAUCGUGGUCCGAAAGGAAGAGGGCUUUACGCACGUCCUGCUCUCCAGCCAAACCACAGACAACAACGCUCUUACACCAGAGAUCAUGAAGGAAGUUUGUCGAGCUUUGGGUAAYGCAGCUGCUGAUGAUAGCAAGUUGUUACUGCUCAGUUCUGUGGGGACUGUUUUCUGCAGUGGUCUGGAGCCAUCCUACCUGAUAGGCCGUCUGAGCACUGACCGCAGGAAAGAGAGCAGCCGCAUCGCGGAUGCUGUACGGGACUUUGUGUUGGCAUUUAUCCACUUUAAGAAACCCAUUGUGGUGGCAAUAAAUGGGCCGGCUCUGGGUUUGGGGGCUUCAAUCCUCCCUCUGUGUGAUGUCGUGUGGGCAAGUGAGCGGGCCUGGUUCCAAACGCCAUGUGCAGCCCUCCACCUCACCCCCUCUGGAUGCUCCUCUUACACCUUCCCACAGAUUCUGGGGGUAGCUCUGGCCAAUGAAAUGCUGUUCUGUGGAAGAAAACUAACAGCGCAGGAAGCGUGCAGUCGAGGCUUAGUGUCACAGGUCUUCUGGCCAACUACAUUUAACCAAGAGGUGAUGCUGCGGGUGAAGGAAAUGGCAUCCUGYAGUGCAGUGGUUUUAGAGGAGUCCAAAUGCUUAGUGAGGAGCAUCCUCAUACCAGUUCUAGAAGAAGUGAAUCAGAAGGAGUGUCAGAUGCUGAAGCAGCUGUGGUGUUCAACCAAAGGACUGGAGGCACUCUUUAGUUAUUUGCAGAAUAARACCCAUGAAAAGUAAUAAUUCACACCCAGGAGGGUGAAAGAUCAUCUGAGGCUUCCUGCAGAAGGACGUCCAGAAUGACGAUGCUGUGAUUUCACUGAGGCUUCUGUUUUCACCCAUAAGUCAGGAUGAUUUUCUGUAGUUCUGUUUGCUUACAUCUCUAAACAAACAAAAAAAGGGGUAUUUACCAACAUUUUUUGUAACAAAGCAUUUUAUUGGAUCCUAUCUGUCCUAUUGUCUAUUUUCUGUAGUUAAGGAGCAAAGAGCCACAAAGAGGGACGGGGUGGUUCUGCACUAUGAAAUAUUCUAUCUGACUGCACAUAAUAGAAUCAUAAUAUAUAUUAAUAUAUACAUAUUUAWUUUAAGGUUAGAAAUGCAUUAUUUUCUGUGGAUGAGAUUCAUUGUUAUUUUGCUCAUUUAUGGUUUUGAGUUACAGUUUAAACCAAACUGUUUUGUGAAGUCUGUUUUCUGCUCUUUGAUGUGCACAUUCACUCCUCUGUCUAAACUAAACAAAAAAACCAUAUGACUGUAAAAGAACUCAGUACAAUCAAAUUCAAAUUACCUUAAAGGGGACAUAUCAUGCAACAUCCACUUCUUUAGCUGUUAAAUACAUUUUGUCGUGUACUUAAGAGUCUAGGAGUGUAGAAAAGUUUUAUUUAGUCUCUUCCAGUGCUGAGUAGAAAUCUUUUAUUGAGUCCUAUUUUUCAACCCACUCAGUUUUCUCUGAUGUUUUCCUAACUAUUAUGUCACAGGAUUUGUGAUGGAACUGUCAAAUAAGGUCUAGACUUACCAACUACAUUUGUCAUUUUCAUUCUCCUCUAGCUUUGGGUCAGACUCUGACUCCUUCAUGUAAGGCUUGAUGGACAAAUGUUCUGACAUCUUUUAAUUAAUUAAUUAAUGACUACAAUUUCAUUGUCUUCAUUCUCCUCUGGCUCUGGCUCCAACAUGUAAGGCUGGAUAGGCAAGUCUUCCGUUGUUGACAUUUUUAAUAAAUAUGUAAAUAAAGUUUCCACGCCAUUAGAUAGUCGUAUUUCUGCUAUGAAACUACAGUAAUCUGCYCUGAAAGCUGAGUGGGGUGUCUCGUUUGGAUUUAAAGAGUGAACUUCACAAGUUGAUCUGAGAUGCACCUCAGAAAAUGGGUGAAAGAGGGGAUUGUGGAGYUACAAUACAGAGGAAUUUAGAUCAAAAUGUUGCAGUUCCACUUUAUAAAGACCCCAACUGAAUGAUUUAAACGUGAAAAAGAAGGAUUUAAAAGCAGGAUAUGUCUCCUUUAAAGAAAAUACAAAUUUUAUUUUGUGCUCUGAAUGUAUUACACGGGUUUAUUUCUUUGUGACUUUAUUAUAGUUAUAAACACCAAACUUCUACCAUUGUAUGAAAUUGAAUCAAGAAUAAAGCCAUCUGAGGAUUUUUAUUAAAACCAAGAAAAGCCGUUCACAUAAUGUGAAGGUUUAACUGUGUCUUUUUUUUUUUUGUUUUGUUUUUUGUUUUUCAUCUGCAACAAAACAGGUUUUUUUUUAAAUAAUACUCCAUUUUUUUAUGGAAACACAAAGUCUUAAGUAAAAGCUGGUUUUAAAUAUCAAAGGGAAAAAAAUGUAUUUACCUACAUUACAAAAAAUGCUUCUCUCCGAGCUGUAAUGGUCCAUUAGUGUUACUUUGCUGUUAUCAGUGAAGAAGGUCCCUGUGUGAAUUGUGUUUACUUGAAGAAAGUAAAUCAAAAUAUUUUGUUGCUUGGCUUUUAUUAUGUUGUGAUAUUUGGAGGUUUGUAAAUAAGAUUCAUUAAUAUUAGAAUAGCCUCAAAUGUCAGGAAAAAAAGUGGAAAAAUAAAUAUAAUAUGUCCCUCAAGUCAAACUUUAUAUUUUUGCAUGUGAUGAUUCAAGAUUUCAGGAAGUUGUAUAUUUUGCAAUGUGUAUUAUAUGUAGGGAUUUAUUUUGUUUUACCAAAGUGUACAUGUAUGUAGGUCCACUUUUUGUAACUAAUUGCAUGUAACAUAAUGUAAAAAAAAGUGUUGCCCGUCUGAAUACCUUGCGUUUUAGGGUUGUAAGUAUACUGGCAGAAAUGUUGCGGUUUAUUUUUGUAUUUAUUUAAUUUAUUUUAGCUAAUAGUUCAGUGUCAUAUGGCUUUCUUUGGCUUCAGAAGCUCUGCUUUCUACUAGUCAUUUUUUUAAUCCCCACUGAAAGAUGUUUGGAUGGAUACAAUCAGUCAAGAAAGAAAAAAUAUAUAAUAUAAACAGUUCAUGUUUGAAUGUUUACUCUUUAUGUCACAAUUUCAUUGUGAUUUAUCAAAGGCAUGUUGAAUAUUUAUCAUCUGUUAUGUUUUAUUAAGCUUUAGAGGUUUGAAAAUGUGGAUAAAUUUGUUUAAUUUUAAAGAUGAAAAUUUAUUUUUCGCUCUGUGCUACUUAAUGGUCAGAUUUUUUUUUUCUCUUUUUGUUGACUGCAGGGUACGAUUAAUGGUUUCAUUGAGCUUUUAUAGGUAUUGCUAUACCAAGCUAAACAACAAAACAACAAAACAGUAAAUUUAUAUUUUUAAUCAAACUUGAAAAUCAAUUUCAGAACAGAGUUUCAUUUCACAAAAUCUAAAUGGUCAUUCUGAUUAGGGAAUGAAUUCACACUUGAUAAUUUUAAGAUGUUUAGAAUUGUAUCUUAUUUGUCAGGGAAAUGUCUUCCUGUUCACUUUAGUUGUAAAAUUUUACAUGGGAUAGAAAUGUAAUGCUUUUAUUUAUUUAUUUUUAGUAUUUGUCCUUCCCAAAUCUUAAUUCCCAUGAUUUUGGCAUGCAUGUCUUGAUGAYACACCUUCAAAUAUAUCAGUUCUUAUUAUUUAUUUUUAAUCAAAGUUCCUUGAAAAAUGUUUCUAUGUCUACUUUUAAAUUGUCUUAUUGGCUUUAUGUGUAUUUCAUCUCUGUUUCUUUUCACCCAAUAUUGUCUAAAAGCACACCUUGAUGUGCCUUCAAAAUAUCUGUCAAAAACUAAUCCAUGCAUUGUGAUGGUUAGAGUGAGCUGCUGAAAUAAA